AUGAUAGAUUCAUCAGCACUUUUGUUCGACGAUCUCACCACACAUGCAUUUAUAGUAGAUUCAUCGAUGGAUCGCGAUGAUGACAGCUAUGAGAAAUAUGGAAGUGACAAUAGUAUUCACAAAAAAGAUGCACCCACAACGAAUUGUACUCCUUAUUCCAUUGAUAAUCUUCGUCCAAGUUGUGCUCUUACCAAAACUAUUAAUAAUAAUCGUUGCUCAGUUCAACCGGAUAUUCAAUCGAAUCCUCAUCUAACACAGGCACAUUUAUCUGAAAUUACCGUAUUGAAAAGUCAUGCUGAUGGCUUCGUCCAUAUCUCAAUACAGCCUCCAAUAGAUGAAAGUCGUUCUCCAUGUAAUAUUUGUUGCGUAGUUGAUACUUCAGGCUCAAUGUCUACCGAAGUCGAUAUUCGAAAUGAUCGAAAUGAACAAUAUGAUUUAUCACAAUUAGAUUUGGUCAAGCAUGCUAUAAAGACAAUAAUUUAUUCUCUUCAGAAUCAAGAUCGAUUAUCAAUUGUAUCAUUUUCGCACAGUGCUAGAAUCGUGUUUCACUUAACAAAAAUGGAUUACCAAGGAAAAAAGCAUGCUUUAGCUGCAAUUGAAAACUUGUCGGCUCAUGGUGAAACAAAUUUAUGGGAUGGUCUUCAAACUGGUAUUGGCAUUCUAUCAAAAGAACAAUAUUCUAUCGGAAGUAUUUCAUCCUUGUUUCUUCUCACUGAUGGGUGUCCUAACGUAGAACCUUCAGGCGGUCAUUUGAAAUCAUUAAAAAGACUGAAGAAAAAAAUUGGAUUUACAUGUGCUAUUAACACUUUUGGUUUUGGAUACAAAUUGAACAGUAAACUACUUGAAGAUAUUUCUAUAUUAGGAAAUUCUGGGUCAUAUGCAUUUAUUCCCGAUGGAUCAUUCGUAGGAACAGUCUUUGUCAAUGCUAUUUCAACACUCUUAACUACAGCAGCAACCAACGUACAGUUAUUACUUCAUGAUAAAUUUCUUCAACCUACUAAUUAUACGCAAUGGUAUUCAAGGCAUAUUACUAAAAAAGGCACAUAUUUCGAUUUAGGUUCGAUCACAUAUGGCCAAAGUAAAGAUUUACUAAUUUCAAUUUCACCGAAAUUUAUCAGUACAUGUAAAUUUAAGCUGACUUAUAAUGAUGUACGAAACACACAGAAAAUUCUCGAAUUUAAUUUGACAAAUAAUGUUCAACAGGUUAAUCUUGAUGUUAUAACCCAUCAUAAAUUUCGACUAGAAUUUGUUAAUUGUGUACGAACAGCAUUAGAAAAAAUGCGUGACAAACGAAUAACACUAAGAACUACAAACCAACGGCAUAGAACAGCAAUCAAUCAUAUUGAAACAUUACAGAAAAAAAUGAGGAGCUGUGCAAUUGAAAAUGAUCAGUUUAUGAAUGAUUUAUUUACAGAUUUAACAGGACAAGUAAAGCAAGCUGUUGAAAAACAAGAGUGGUUUCAGAAAUGGGGUAUACAUUUUUUACCAAGUUUAGCACGUGCUCAUCUUCUUCAAUUUUGUAAUAAUUUCAAAGAUCCAGGUGUUCAACAUUACGGAAAAGGUCAACUUUUCUCAAAAGUACGCGAUGAAAUGGACGAAAUAUUCUGCAGUUUACCUGCUCCAAAACGUACGAGAAAUGGUGCUUCCAUAGAUAUGAGAGAUUUUUACGAUGCUGCUGGUGGAUGUUUUUAUGGAGAAUGCACAGUAGGUCUAAUGAAUGGAACCACUAAAUUCGUAAAAGAUAUCAAACCACACGACCGAACGGCACCACAUGGUGGAAUGGUUGUGUUUGUUGUUAAAACAAAAUUGAAAAGUCGGCAAGCGAAAAUGAUCAUGCUUGAAAAUAAUUUGAUCAUUACUCCUUGGCAUCCGAUCCGAGUUCACGAUCAAUGGAUUAUGCCUUGUUCACUUGUUUCUUCACCUGAACUUAUAUACUGCGAAACUGUAUAUAAUUUUGUACUUGAUCGAGGUCACACCGUAUUAGUCAACGAUACUGAAUGUGUAACUUUAGGUCAUCAUUUUAAAGAAGAUAUUGUUCGUCACCCUUAUUAUGGAAGCCAAAGAAUAAUUGACGAUUUACAAAGACUCGAUUUAGAACAAAAUAAUACAGGAUUCAUUGAAAUUACUCAAGAAAAUUUGGUGCGUAAUGUAAAAACUGAUCUUGUGAAAGGAUUACGAUCUCAACAAACAUUAUUUCAUUGA